AUGACGAAGAACACGUUAGAGAACCUACAAGCCUGGUCAACAAUAGUUGCUGACACAGCUGACUACGAGGCCAUAAAAAAAUUCAAGGUAACAGAUGUGACUACAAAUCCGUCGAUCAUUCUACAGGUUGCAACUCUGCCUCGUUACGAACAUAUUCUGAAAACAGCUGUUAAAUUAGGAAAAGAGACUGGAAGAACACUGGAAGAAAGAAUUGAAAAUGCCUUCGACAUGGUCCUUGUGCUCUUUGCGAAAGAGAUUCUGAAAAUUAUUCCUGGAAUAGUGCACAUUCAAGUGGACUCGAGAUUGGCGUUUGACACGGAAAGCUGCAUCCAAAGAGCUUUGAAAAUCGUGAACCUGUUUGCUAAAAAAGGCAUACCAAAAGACAAAGUCAUGAUAAAAAUUCCUGCUACUUGGGAAGGCAUUCAAGCAGCCGGAGUCCUGGAGAACAAACACAGGGUGAAUUGCAACCUAACAACGAUGUUUACUUUGGUACAAGCUGCAGCUGGUGCAGAAGCAGGUGUGACUUGCCUGUCGCCUUUUGUGGGUCUUAUCGGGCAGUGGUUCCAAGAGCACGAAGGGGGACCCUUCGUCCAAGACCAACACCCGGGAGUAACUGCCUUAAGUAAUAUUUACAACUACUUCAAGAAAUUCGGAUACAAUACCAAAGUAUUGGGGGCGUAUUUCCUGAAAGUGGAAGAGAUCAAAGCUGUGGCUGGUUGUGAUUUGGUGACAAUACCACUCGAACUGCUUGCAGAACUUACUACCAGCAACGAUGCUGUGCCUAGAAGAAUCGGUGGUGAUUCCGCUGUGCCACCAUUUGUGGAGAAAAUGGAAAUUUCCGAGUCUAAAUUCAGACAGAUGAUUGACGAAGAUCAUAUGGCGACAGCUCUUCUUUCUGAGGUGGUGAGAAAAUUUUCGACUGACUGCGAAGAGCUGGAGAAUAUCAUCAAGAAGAUGUUGGUUGCCUCAGUAGUUGAAUAA